AUGGCGUCCAAGGUUCCUGUCUACUCGACAAAUGACCUCAAGUCAACCACCGAUGAUGCCCUCCUCCCAUACCUGUGCACUCUUCCAGCACCAUAUGCCUUCAAAGUCGACCAUUCCAAGAGCAACAUCCGCUUCGCUCUGGGCUACAGCGCCAUCGCAAUCGCAGGCUUCACUUUCUACGCAGACCGAACGCUAGGCUGGGAAGCGACAAGCUCCCCCUGGAUCAUCGCCGCAGUCGUCUCAUACUUCACCCUCAACAGUAUCCUGACUUUCUGGCUUUGGGCCGUCGAGGCCGGCGAGGUCUUUGCCGGCAAACGCAAGACUGGAGAGACGAUCACCGUUUCCUCAUCCUCGAAGAAGUUCUCCAAACAAUACAAGCUGCGCGUGCAAUACAAGUCUCCCACUGGAAAGGUACUACAGGAUAAGCGAUGCGAGGCUCCUUUCACCACAUGGUUCUCUGGAGAAGGUGUUUUUCACGCUGAGCCAUUCCGUCGUUGGUUGUCGAGCGAAAUUGAUAUCUUGAGACUGGCGGCGAAGGAGAACGAGAAGAAGGUUGCCAAGGAUUCCUAG